CAGACUCAGGAGUCUUAACAGUAAAUUGGGAACUCUUUGGAACCCUGUCUCUUGUGGGAUGGAUGUUAAAAAUAUCACCCUGGACUCAGCCGAAAACUUUCCAAACCAGAGCAGCUGUGAUGUGUUUGUCUACCAAAGAGCUGCAGUCGUCCUCUUCCCUAUUUUCUACUCUGUGGUUUUCAUCAUCAGUGCAUGCGGCAACAGCUUGGUACUCUAUGUGAUCUGCCAGAAGAAGCAGAAGUUCAACUCCACCUCAAUCUAUCUGGUCAACUUAGCACUAUCUGAUACCUUGUUCACACUGACGCUGCCUGGAAGAAUAACUUACUACAUCCGUCACUUUGACUGGCCCUUUGGUGACAUUCUCUGCAGAAUGACCACACUUCUCUUCUUUGCAAAUACCUAUGCAGGUAUUGGCUUUAUGACCUGUAUCAGUCUGGACCGAUACCUAGCCAUGGUGCAUCCACACCGGCUGCAGUGUUUACGGAGUGUUGGGGUGGUUCGCAGGGUCUCUUGCCUGGUGUGGGCUCUGGUAUCUUUGCAGACAGCUCCACUGCUGUUCCGCAGCAUGCUGCGUGAGCACCAGGAAAGACAAACCUGUAUGGAGUACUUCAACUUUGAAGGCUCCCGCUCCAUCCCUUACUUCCUACUUCUGGCCUGUGCCAUCUCCUUCUGCUGUCCGCUCAUCAUCAUAAUGGGUUGCUAUGCCAAGAUCAACCUGAAGCUAAGAGCUGCAGCCAAGCAGAACUCUGUAACUGGUCGAUCAAGGAGGAAUCACCAGGCCAACACCAUUAUUCUCCUCAUCCUCCUCACCUUCAUCAUAUGCUUCAGCCCUUACCACAUCAAUGUUAUGCAGUUUAUGUCCAGAAAGAUACACCACCAGCCAACCUGCGAGGAACUGAGAGCCUUUAAGGUGUCCUUACAGAUUACAGUUUCACUAAUGAACUUCAACUGCUGCUUGGACCCAGUCAUCUACUUCUUUGCCAUUAAGACCUACAAGAAGCAGGUGCUGAGCCUGUUUAAAGAUCUGUAUACAUCCGGUGCCUCCUCCAAAAUGACAGCUGAGAACAGCAGCAGCAACACCUGAGAGAAACCACAGCUGUGCUUACAGGAGGUAUACCCAAACCCGUUUCACAGAGAAGACCUAGUUUACUCUGUUAAACUCAAAAAGGCCUAUUUUAGUCUCUUGUGUUAAUGGUCUAUUUGGAGAUGAUAAACAAGUCUUUCAGUUAAGAUGCUGUGACAACUGUGCAUGUUCAUAUGCAGUAGAUAUGUACACUUUUCUUUUUAAAUGAUGGUAUGUCUCAUUCUUGUUGCUUUUCUUAUUAACAUGCGUGUGCCAUAGUUUCAGUAGUUGCAUACAUUAGUGUCAAAAUUAACUUGGGGUAAUCAGAAGUUUCUAUACUAGAGGGCUCUUUGUUUGAUCCUGUAUGUAUACAGUCUGAAGAAAUGUCUUAGAUAAAAUAGCUAAGCUUUUUUUCCAACAAUGUAAAAAUUAGUGGGGUCAUUAUUGCACAACAGCAACUUUCACUUCCUUUGGAUAGAGAAACACAUUUGUGAAUCAGGUCAAGUGGCAAAAAAUUUGAAUCUUGCAAAGUGUGUGAGUGGAUGUAAUUCAUUUAUUAAUGGACACAUUACGUAAUGUUUGCUCUCCUACUAUCAAAAACAUCAUUCCUAUGGUCACAGUAUUUCAUAUUUUACAAUAUGCAAGACUUUUUGGUAUGGCAAAAUGAGAACAUGUCACACAUAUCUCUUUCACAUCCACAUCUGAGUUCUGUGUAGGAGUGCGUAGAUGAAUACCCUCACCACUUCCUCACCCACCUUUCCUGCUCCCCCUCACAGGCCUCAUUCCUGCUGGGUCCCACAUCUUGUAUUGGGGUUGGCGUGUGUGUGUAUGUGUGUAUUCAAAUUUAAAUAGGUGCACGUUGUCUGUUUAUAGUGCAAAGUCCCAUGUCUAAAUUUAACCUAAAACAUUUCCUGGGUUUUUGGAAAAGCUGCACUAUGAUUUGCAUAUAAAGUAAGCUGUACAUAGAAGAAGUGUUACACUGAUUUGAAUGAUUAUUGAUGUGUUUUGAUUUUAUUUUGUAAUUGAUUUAACCUCCUCACCUUUGGUGAGAAUUAAUACUAGGUUGGGUUGCACAAUUAAGUAUUUUUGAGACAAAACGUAUAUGGUUUCUUCUAGAGAGGUUUGAUAAAUUUUGUCUCAGAUCAAAGGAGCAAGAGAGUGAAUUAAUCUAAUGAAUUAAAUGAUGAAAAGAUGAGAGAUCUACCAAAACAAUUGCAAAAGUAGGAUGUAAAAGUAGCUCCAGCUCAAUAAUAUUUUUUUAUUGCUAUUUUGACAGGUAUUUUUUUAAAGCAAUUGGCAUUCAGUGUGUUUACGUUCUGUAAUUGCUUCUCAGUAGGUCGCUAAUGUAAAUCAGGCUUGCAAACUUUAAUAAAAAGGGAGCAGUUGUUGAUAUUCACAGUAAUCACAGCACCAUUAGCAAUCAUGUUGUGGCUAACUACCUGUAUUAUUCAGUUUCACUUACACUUGACUGCAGUACCUGUAUGAAGCUGCCCUAGGUUACUUUCUGGAAAACUGUACACCUUUUGUUUAAAAUAUUAUUGUGCAAAAAACGACCUCCACAUUUUUGUAUUUUUGUUUGUUUUUUUGUACUUGUGUUGUUUAUCUGAUUCUUGAAUGUUUUAUUGUGUGACUGGAAGUAAAGUUUCCCACUUGGGAUAAUAAUAAAUGAACUGAACUGGU